AUGCUGUACCCUACCAUUCUGUCCUUCAUUGCUCUUUUGCAUUUCACUUCAUCCGAGCUCGUUUCCACGAUCGUCCACAGUGGCCAGGAAAGCGGUACCAACGUUUCCCCCGGAGGGGAAAACUUCGACGGAGAUGCCUGGAUUGAUGAAUUUCACUCAGACGACGAGAUCACGAUGGCGAACGUCGUAUUUUCACCAUCUGCCCGAACCCACUGGCAUACGCACGAGGGAGGGCAACUGAUCCGUGUCGUCGCAGGAUCUGGGUGGGUUUGUGAUGAGGGUCAUGAGCCCGAGCAUUUGACAGUGGGAGAUAUUGUUUGGUGUCCUCCAGGCAUAACGCACUGGCAUGGAGCCGGUAAUGGAAGCUUUCUUAUCCACCAAGUCAUUGCCUAUGGUUCGACAGAGUGGUUGGAGGCAGUCGCUGAUGGGGAAUCGAGUCAAACUGUCCGUGCUGCCAGAAUCCAUGGGAAGACUAUUUAG